CAUAAAGAAGACAUGAAGAUCAUAACGUGGAACAUCAAUGGUAUUCGAGCAACGAAAUCCCCCCUGAAGAAAGUGAUAGAUGAUUUAGAUGCUGACAUCGUGUGCUUCCAAGAGACCAAAGUUACUCGUGACCAGUUGGAUGAGCCCACUGCAAUAGUUGAAGGUUACAGUUCUUAUUAUAGUUUCUCUAAAGUGAGAAGUGGAUAUUCAGGUGUGGCAACCUACUGCAAAACACAUGCAACCCCGUUGAAGGCAGAGGAAGGUCUGACUGGUCUCUUAGCAACCACAGGGGAUGAGAGUGCUCUGAUUGGUUGCUAUGGUAAUCAUGCUGAUUUCACUGAUGAGGAACUACAGAGUCUGGACAAUGAGGGGCGUGUGAUCAUUACCCAACAUAAAAUCAGGGCAGCAGAGGGCAGAGAAGAGCUGCUGACUAUCAUCAAUGUGUACGUCCCCCGCGCUGACCCAGAGAGAGAAGACAGGCAGGUGUUCAAACAGAGGUUCUGUCAGCUUCUUCAGACCAGAGCUGAGGCUCUCGUCCAUGCAGGCAGCCAUGUCAUCAUACUUGGAGACCUGAACAUCUCUCACAGGCAAAUAGACCAUUGUGACCCCGUGGAGAAGGAGGAAUUUGAUGCCCGUCCAAGCCGCAAAUGGCUCAGUGCAUUCCUAAAGCCAAUAGGCACAGCAGCAGAACCAGCUCAGGAUGUGGAAGCAGACACAGACUCUAUUGUCACAGGGGGCAUAUUCCUUGACACGUUUCGUUAUUUCCGUCCCAAUGAAGAAAAUGCUUUCACGUGUUGGAACACCUCCACUGGAGCUAGACAGACCAACUACGGAACCAGGAUAGACUACAUUCUGGCCAGUGCUGACCUCUGUGAAGGACUGGUCAAGGACUGUGUAAUCUGGCCAGAUAUAGAGGGAAGUGACCACUGCCCAGUUAAGGCAGAGUUGACCUGCAAUAUUGUACAGUCUGCAAAAUAUCCACCCAUUUGUACGAAAUUUAUGCCAGAAUUUUCAGGGAAGCAGCAAAAGCUGUCAGAAUUUUUCAGUAAGUCUGUUAAGGAGCCAAAGCAUACUUCAGUGGAGUUAGUUAAAUCAGAGGCCACCAUUUUCAAGGAGGAAUUUUGUGAAAAAGAUGAAUCUGUGACAGAUGCCCGUACCAUUACAGAGGUCAAACACAAAACAGAAACAAGACUCCUUUCCAAAAGAGCUGCACCUCUGUUAAUGAAGCAGACGUCCAAAAAGUCCAAAAUGCAUGAUAGGAAAGGCAAACAGUCUAGUUUAAUGAAUUUUUUUGUUUCAAAAACAAUUACUCCGGCCAAAGAAAAAGGUUCUCUUGACUCUGGGAUUGAAAACAGAACUUGCGUUGAAGAUGGGAUAUUUCUUUCCCAGAACAGCGACGGAGAGGGAACUUAUUCUUCACAAGAGAGCAAUGAGACCUCAUCAGUCACAUACAGUGAAUCGAUAUCACUACACUCCUCACAGGAAAGCAACGAAACUCCAUCAUCCCAGGAGACGAUCAACAAAAGCCAAAACCUAAAAGACGCUUGGAAAACGAUGUUGAAAGGACCACCCAAACCGCCAUCUUGCAAGGGGCAUAAAGAGCCGUGUGUUCUGAGAACGGUUAAGAAAGAAGGCGUGAAUUUUGGCAGACAGUUCUGGUGUUGUGCCCGGCCCCAGGGACAUGCUUCUAACCCACUGGCAAGGUGUGAACACUUUGAAUGGCUGCCUAAGAAAAAGAAGGGCAGUUUAAAGUAGCAUGUGUGCAUAAA